AUGCAUUCAACCAAGAAAACUGACAAAAAACGAAUAAGAUCAUCCACGGGAAGUGAAUUAUCCGAAGUUGAAAUGGCGGAAGUUGAUACUCUGGUCAAAAACAUUGAAAAUGCAGGUAGUGCAAAAAAGAAAGACAAACAAACCAAGAAAAAAAAAAUCAUAAACGAAGAAGAAACAGACGCAUGUACUUCAUACACACAAAUAGAAAAUAAAUUAGAUGACAUAAACCAAAAAUUGAACAACAUGCUUACAAAAAAUGACCGCUCUUUCAUUCAAAACAUAAUCAUGGAUACUUUAGAUGAAAUAAAGGACACUUUGCUAAAAUCUGUGGUACACAGGGUUGAGAUCUUAGAAAGUGAGCUACAUGAAACAAUAGUCAAUGACCUUGAACAAUACAGCCGACGUAAUAAUAUACGCAUAACGGGCGAUAUCAAGGACUCCAGCGGCCAGACCUCACAUGAAACAGCACAGCAAGUUCUAGAAUUAUUUAGAACAAGCAUGGACAUAGACAUUGCAAUGGGCGAAAUAGAUGUGGCGCAUCGACUAGGAAAAUAUGAUGAGAAGAAAAACCGCCCCAUAAUUGUCAAAUUCGUGUGCAGAGAGGUUAAAAGUCUGGUUAUGAGGAGGGCAAAACUACUUAAAAACUCGCGCAAGCAUGUUUUUAUUAACGAAGAUUUGACCAAAUUGAACAAUCGUGUACUGUCUUCCUUGCGCAUCAAAGACAAGAGUAAAGUUGAAAAAUGCUGGUCGUUCGAAGGCCGCAUUUUUGCAAAAUUCUGUGAUAAAGAACGAGCCAUACAAUUAAAAUAUGCUGAUUUCCAGACAUGGUUAAACCUUGCAUGGCCAAAUCCAAAAGAAGCAGGCACAGGAGACGUGGCUGGCAGAAUAGACGACUAA